UCUCUAGAUUAGAUCGAGUAAACUUCUUGUUCUGAAGGAAGUUUACUUUUACAGCCGUUCAUGCAUUUCCACCCACAGCUUUUUGAGGGGAGUCAGCAGCACUGGAGAACCGUCUGAUACAGAGAGACUCGUGCAGAAUCAGAUGUGCUUCAGUGCAUGCAGGCGCAGGUGGACUAGCGAGCUUUAGAGAAACAGAGAGAGAGAGAGAGGAUCUGGACAACUGUCUCAGCCAACACCUUUACUCUCACCUACUUCAUUUAAAAAAAAAAUCGAACUGAAAAUUUAAUUUGAAGACGAAAAAGAAAAAUCUGAGAAAAUAAUAUUGAUAUUAAUAAAAAAAAUCUUUAUUUCUUCAGGUGAAGACAGAUUCAAAAAGCAGGUCACUGGACAUCUUUGAGAGAUGUUUGAGAAACAACCCUACGAUAGUCCCCCGAUGUACACCCCACCUUCCAAUGGCUUUGGACCACCAGGAAGCUUCCAAGACCCAAGGAGUGAAUUUGAUCCCUACCCUCCAGCUCCAGGAUCUUACUAUGUGGGUGAGGAGGUACCACAGCAUUUCUACAAAUGGUUCUCCCCUCCGGGAAUUGUGAAGAUUAUGGUAGGAACCGUUAUAAUCCUCUGCCUGGGAAUCUUUGCCUGUGUGGCCUCGACUCUGGUUUGGGACAUGCAGUAUGGAUUAGGUUAUGGAUCUGGACAUUCUGGCUAUCCUGGAUAUGGAAGUGGAUAUGGAUACGGAAGUGGAUAUGGAUACGGCAGUGGGUAUGGAUACGGAAGUGGAUAUGGAGGCUACUACAAUUCUUACCCGACCCCUUACUCGGCAAAGACCAGCAUGAUUGCCGUCGCUGCCAUAAACUUCAUCAUCGCUUUGGGGUUCUUUGCAGCCAGCUUCUCCAAAACAAACACGUUCCGCAGCAGGAAGUUCUACCUGGUGGUGCUUGUUGUCUGUUCUAUAAUGGCAGUGAUUCAGGGCAUUAUAAACAUUGUGUACAUUGUAGGAGUGAACCCUAUGGCCCAAAGCUCCACCAGCUCAUACUACAACCCCAUGCUUAUGAUGUGUCAGAACCUCUAUGGCAGCAGUGUGACAGGAAUGGGGGCCGGCUUUCCCAUUUAUAACCAGUACUUGUACCACUACUGCUACGUGGACCCGCAAGAGGUCAACCAUGUACAGGAUGGACAGAGCGUGCAGGAGGCAUCCAUGGUGUUUUCAGAGAAGAUGGCUCCUGUUCUGGCUUCGGCCCCCAGUGUCGGCUCCAUCCCCCUAAAGACUGGCAGUUUCUUUAGCUCUGAGUCCCACAAUGUUAUCGGUUACCCUGAGCGCUCUUUUAGCCGCCCAUCUCACUCCACAUCCCCGUCUGGAGAAGUGAGCUCCAGCCCCUCCGACCAGACAGACACCAUCCACAAACCGUCCGCCUCCAGGGGCAAGAAGUGCAGGAGGAACCCUGAGCUGGACGAGUCCCAGUACGAAACUGAGUGCACAACGGGAGGAGAGACUGCCAAUGAUUUUGACGAAGAUCUAUGGACACGUCUUUAUCCAGAGAUCACAUCUGAUGCCCAGCGACACGAGUAUAAGAAAGAGUUUGACUCGGACCUCAGGACCUAUAAGGAACUGUGUGCUGAAAUGGAUGACAUCAACGAUCAGAUAAACAAACUCAGCAGAGAGCUGGACACACUUGAAGAGGGCACGUCCAAGUACCGGGCUGUAGCCGAGGAAUAUAAUCGUCUCAAAGACCUAAAACGGGUGGCAGAUUAUCAAAACAAGAAGCACCAAUGUUGCAAACUGCGCCACAAGCUUUUCCAUAUGAAACGAAUGGUUAAGAUCUACGACCGCCGUCAGUAAUAAUGAGCUCCAUUAAACCACCACACCUGCUCUCCUUGUUAAACACUUCUGCAUUUAACUGACAAAGCCUUUAAAUGACUGUGUGACCAAAGUUGACCUAAACUGCUGUAACCAUGGCUUCACCCAGUGCGUAUGAUUAACCUGAGCCCUAAAGAUGAUUGGAAACAAGGACCAGAGAUUCCGAAACCGGUCCUUCCAAAGUCUUUCCAUUACCUGGAACUUGUUCUUUCACUGGAAACAUCUGCUUUUUUUUAGAGAGAGUGACUUCAUAUAGCCUGUAAAAUGCCAUAAAGCAUAAAAAUAUUGUUGUUCUGUUUUUUUGUUGGGUGCGGUUGUGAGUGCUAACUUCAAGGUCAGCUGAUUACAGCGGUGCAUGUGUUUGUUGGAGGAAAUGUACUUUGGACAAUCCUCUCCAACUGAGUAAUUUGCACCUGUAUUGGCAUCUAUGCUAUCAGUUUCCUUGUGUAUGACUGUAAUUGAGUUGUGUGUUUUACUGUCUGUAAAGGUGUAACUGUGGGGCACUGCUUGUUUUCAAGUCAGGAAACAUAAAAGAUUUUGUUUCGAGGUGUGCUAGAAUAGUUCCCAGAAACAACUGAGGUAUCUAGUUGGGCAGUUGUGUCCUAAUGGUUAGAGAGUCGGACUUGUAACCCAAAGGUUGUGG